UUGUCUGUUUCCUGUUUUGUUUGCCAUAAGGAGACAACCGUGGACCUCGAGGCUGGCGUGACCGGACAGCUCGGCCUACGCUUCAUUCCGCAGUUGACCCCGACAACCCAGCUUAUCUACGUGUUCAUUCGGGAUGAACAGGGCAAGACUGAGGAAAUAUUUGCCGUCCGACUCACUUACACAUGA